UCGUGAUGCUCGCUCAGUUUUCCAGUCACCAUCAUCGAGACCGAACGCGAAAAGGCGUAAUUUCUGCUGGUAUCAGUCGUGAAUUUUACUCUCCUCGUAAAAGCAACUGAUCAAAGUUUAAAGAUUGAAGAAUCCUAUUGCCUGGAGUGAAGCAAACACAACCGAAAUUUCCAUUUGGACGUGAGGAAAGUGUGGUUUCUGGUUUUUGGCCUGGCCAGGGCCCGGAACGUGUCCGCAAAACGGAAAACAUAGUAGGCUCUGGGUUUGCCUGCCAUGGAGAUUUAGCGGAAGCUACAGACAGGAAAAAAGUUCGAAAAAUUGCUAUCCUUAUUUUGUCAUCGACGUCUGCAGAUUUUCGAUAAUCGGAUAUAACUUGGUGAAAAAUCGUGACAAGAAAAAUCAUAUUCGACUUUACUUAUCCACUUGAUUGUGAAUCAAGUAGAAAUAAGGCGAAAAGAGUGAAACAGUCCUUGAAUACCAGGAAAAGUGCGUGAGUGAAAAUGUUUUGGUGGGAUAUCAAUUGUUGAUAUUAUUGCUGAGCAACAGAAAAAAUGAGUUAAAUAUCCGGAAAAACGUGUAAACUGUGAAUAGUAAAUACCUAACCACAGAAAAGGUUUUACAAUCAUUAUGUUUUGAAAAAAAGGAAAUCCAAUCGUAUAAAACCAAAACUUGCUUUUAGUUUUUAGUUACUGAUUGUGUUUUAGAUUACCACGAGUGAAACGACAUAGGAGAAAUUGGAAUACUGCCUUUUGAAGAAAAACGAAUAAUAUCUGAAAUCACAACAAACUGGAGAGGCAGCUUGUCUGCACAAAAAAGUCCCUGCUACAGAGGAGUGUUUUUCUAGCCACGAUGGAUUCCCUGCGAAAAUGGUUGAAUAAGCCGAAGGCUGAUGAUAAGUCACUGUUGGCCAGAUUCUACCACGCAGAUAGAGCGCUAACCGCCGUUGCCAGCGAGUUGGAUAGCUUCGAUGGUCGGGCAGAACCAGUUAGAUGCACUCGGCUAGUUGGACGGUUACGACAAGGACAGGACCGCGUUCUGGCGAUUACCAAUCAAAUUAUGGACGAGCUUCUGGGUGACGAUCGGGCGCCGCGAGCUUUCCGCGCCAAAUUUCCAGAGGAGGUUCUACAGGAAAGUUUGGCUGGACAGUUAUGGUUUGGUGCAGAAUGUCUCGCGGCCGGAUCAUCUAUCAUGAAUCGUGAAGUGGAGAGUGGGGUAAUGCGACCACUAGCAAAAGCCGUUACGAAAAGUUUGGACAAUGUUCGAAACUUGCUGCGAGAGCAAUGCCUUCGGAACAACACACCCAACAGUUUGACACUGCGGUUGGAUAUAAACGAUGCCGCGACGGAACAGUUGUAUGAAAGUUUGAAAAUCUUCGAUCGCUUGUUUGCGGAAUUUGAAUUGCUAUACGUCAGUGCAAUGGUACAAGUCAAAUCGAAGCAGGAGUACGAGAUGCAGGAGCUCAUAUGUGUGCUUUUUUCCGAAACAUUGCAACGGGCUCUUAAAAUUGGACUUCUUGAACAGGAACAGGUGGAUUCGUAUGACCCGGCGUUGAUGUUUUCCAUUCCACGGUUAGCAAUCGUCGCCGGGUUAGUUAUAUUCAAGGACGGACCCCUAAACAUGGAUCAACCAGCAGAUAACAUUUCAGAAAUGUUUCGACCAUUUCGAAAGCUAUUGAUCAAAAUGCGAGAUCUUCUUCGGACGCUGACCAAGCAUGAGCUCUAUCAGUUGGAAAAGCUGUUGUGCACCAACGAGGAAAUUAGUCUGAAGGAAGAAUUAAUCUGUGAUGCAAACGAAAAUGAUAGCAGCGAUGUCUUGCCACAGGAAGACCACGUUGUUAUCGUUACAACCAAUGUUAAUACUAGUAAUAAUAGUGAUAAUAGUGAUAGCCGUGUAGACGAUUCUCCAAACGAUGAACUGCGGCAUGAAUCGGAAACUCGGGACAAUCGGAACAGUAGUUUUUAUAGUAACCGUAUUAUAGAUAGUAAUCGAUUACAUGCGGACGUGGAGGAUGAUGUAUCCGAAAAUGACGACGAUGAUGAUCCUAGUAAUGUAUUGAAAGACAGUCUAGUGACGACAGAUUGUGCAUCAGGAUAUUUGAUUCCAAAUACAAACUUCGGUAACCUACUGCAGACGAAUGAAGCGCCCUUAACCGAUAGUUUUAUCGCAACGGACGAAGAGCUGAAGCUGGGAACCUCUUCAAAUGCUCGGAUAGAACAGAUAUUGUCAGAGACUAACCAGAAACUUGCGGAUUCUGGACUUGGCACUGCCAACCCAAGCGUAGAUAACUCUCCAGAAUUAGAUACGGAACGGCCGAUUACAAGUCGUAGUGCAUGCGAAUCUUCAGAAGAAGGAGAAAUAGACGAAUAUGAUAACGAGGAAGAUGACGAGGAUAGUGAUAACAAUCUAUCGAAUCAACAAUUAAUGGACCCUGGUUCCAGUGCUGGCACAUCACAAUCUGCUGGAAAGCCAUAUCGUACUCACAAACAGCAGCACCAUCACCGACAUCGUCGAUCUAGUGGAAGUAUUAUGUCGGCUACAUCGAGCCGAAAAUAUAACUCAAAACAUCAUAAGGCGAGUGCAUCUGCUUCAGUCAUCGUACCUAGUAAUCAAGGCACCUCAUCUAAGACAUACUCCAACUGUGAUACAUCACCGUCGUCUGGCAAUCAAAGUGAAUGCAGCAGUACUAGUAGCACAACCGGUGAAUCCUCACAGGACGUGGCCAUGGCCAUUAGAGCAGCCGGAAGGAUUAAAUUCAAAACUACUGAAAACCUUCUGCAUAGACUCUUUGUCUGUAUAGCAGGAGUCGCCGAUCAAUUACAAACCAAUUUUGCUGCCGACCUACGCCAAAUGCUAAAAAGUGUGUUCAUUAUAAAUUCAUCACCUCCGGAACCGGAAGAGCCACCAGAGUUAGCACCGACGUCAAGUGAUAAACCAAAGGAACCAGACCCAACGGAUUUGUUUGAAUUUCGUGCUAGCGAACAGGAUGUAAUAACUCCCGGUCAAAACAGUGGAGGGUCGAGUCAAAGCAUUUAUUCAGCAGAGGAAGUAAAUCCAGAAGAUCCGCAUGACUCUGUUUUUGGAUCUCCGGGCACUUCUCCCAUACGAGCUUCUUCUGCUCCGCGCACUAUGAUGACUACUGCAGAGAGUGGAGGUGUGACAGUUAAUGUUUCUGUUUCGGUUGUUACCGGUGGUGGCUCUAGCUCCAGUAGGAAUGUCCAAGAACGAAGUGUUAGUUUAAGUGAAACGUCGAUUGUGGUCGAAAACAAUGGUGGAGCCACAGAUUCCAAUUUACGUGAUAGCCACCGAAGACACAGUGCAAUUGGGUCCAAAGGCGAGUACGGACGAAGUCGAUCUAGUCCGAACAGUCCAGUGAAUGGAACAUCUGCUGAAGAACGCCGCAUGCCGGAGGCACCUCCCCGUUGGAUUCCAGAUGGAGAUGCGCCACGUUGCAUGGCGUGUGCCUCUUCAUUUACACCAUUCAGGAGGCGACAUCACUGUCGGAAUUGUGGUGGGGUUUUCUGUGGCGUAUGCUCGAGCGCCUCUGCACCACUUCCCAAAUACGGAUUGACUAAGGCGGUGCGGGUUUGUCGAGAUUGUUAUGUUCGUGAAGUGGGGACCUAGAGAUUAGCAGCGCUGAAAAAACUCAAUUCUUUUUAGUUAACUAUUGUUGAAUUUUUCACGUGACGAGUUCUUUUCUUACUGUGAGGUAUUUGUUUUUACUAAAAUGUAACAUGUCUGUUUUAUUUGUAUUUUACAAAACAUAAGACGAAGUAAAAUUAUCAAAUCAUGUUUUUACUGAAAUUUACGCAUCUCUUUUCAAAGCUAUCCAAUUUUUUUUCUGAAGGAUUUGUAUAAACCAGAGUACCCGAUUCUUUUUAUCAGUGGUAAUCACAAGAAUGCUUUAUUUAAAAAAAAGGUGACCGGGAUCAUAUUGCCCAAAGAAAACUCAAAAAAAAAAAAAUCAUUGCAAAAACUAAAAAGAAAAUGUACUUCUAUUUACAUUGAUUUAACUUAUUCUUUAAAGUUUUCGCUUACAUAUUUUUUUGGUUUUAUUUUUUGAUUAUGUAAAAUAUAAGAUGUUCUACACUUAAAACAAAUAGCUUCUGUUGCAAUUAUAACCGUUUGUGAAGGUGACAAAUGUUAGAUUGUAAGAUUAGCUUUGAUUGUGUUUUUUACGGUCCCUCUACAAAGUCCUGACUGAAAAUUGAAACCCAUCUUGUAUCGUUUGUUCAAAUUUUUCCAAUCAGCUCUGAAUUCAUCGAUCAUUAAUCGUAGAAAAUGUGAAAAAUUCAGGAAACAUUUGUGAAAACCUAUGCAAAACGAAUCUGGUAUGCUUGUAACUUGCUUUACAGUCAAACCUCCAUGAGUCGAUAUCUGAAAGGACCAUCGACUCAUGGAAAUAUCGAGGCGUGGAAACAAAUGCCUUGGAAAACUGUUUGAGGGGAUGGUCAUAGUAACCAUGAAAUUUUGCUUUCAGUAUGGUUCCAUGAGUCGAUAUCGAGUCAUGGAACAUCGAGUCAUGGAGGUUUCACUGUACUACGAACUUCGUAAGAAUUGCAUAAUUAAUGUGUUCACUUGAAUAUUUCCAGUUUACAUUAUGACCAUCACAACUAUUCGAAUACAUUU